GCUCUUCAGGCCAUCAUCACAUGGUAAAUGUGAGGCUGCUGCACGCUGCAGCCCUUCUUGGUCAAGGAACAAUUUUUGGAGAGAAAGCAUGCCAAGAUACACGGUGCACGUCCGAGGAGAAUGGCUGGCAGUGCCAUGCCUGAGCUCCACAAACACCAUUGAGUGGCUGGGAAAGGAAGCUGUGAGACGGUACAUGAAAAACAAACCUGACAAUGGGGGAUUUGCCUCAGCAGAAGAAGUGAAGUUUUACAUUCGAAGGUGCAAGGGACUCGGCUUGCUGGAUCUUGAUGAUACUGUGGGGGAUGCUCUAGAAGACAAUGAAUUUGUUGAAGUUGUUAUAGAAGGAGAUAUAAUGUCUCCAGAUUUCAUACCAUCUCAGCCAGAAGGAGUUCAUUUAUACAGCAAAUACAGAGAACCAGAACAGUAUAUUUCUUUAGAUGGCAACAGCUUAACAACGAAGGACUUGGUCAAUUUAGGAAAGGGACUCUACAAGAUAAAGCUUACACCUGAAGCUGAAACUAAAGUCAAAAAAUCACGAGAAGUGAUUGAAAGGAUUGUAAAAGAACAGACGGUUGUUUAUGGAAUCACCACGGGUUUUGGGAAGUUUGCCAGGACUGUCAUCCCAAACAGUAAUCUGAGGGAGCUUCAAGUGAACUUGGUUCGUUCACAUUCUGCAGGUGUGGGGAAACCUUUGACCCCAGAGAGAACUCGCAUGCUGUUGGCACUGAGAAUCAAUGUCCUAGCCAAAGGAUACAGUGGAAUAUCCCUAGAAACCCUCGAGCAAGUUAUUGAAGUGUUUAAUGCAUCCUGCCUUCCUUAUAUCCCAGAGAAAGGGACAGUUGGAGCCAGCGGAGACUUGGCCCCUCUCUCUCAUCUUGCUCUGGGAUUAAUUGGAGAGGGAAAAAUGUGGUCCCCGAAGAGUGGCUGGGCUGAUGCUAAAUAUGUCCUGGAAGCCCAUGGACUAAAACCAAUUACCUUGAAACCAAAAGAGGGUCUGGCCCUCAUCAACGGGACACAAAUGAUCACCUCGCUGGGAUGUGAGGCGGUUGAAAGAGCCAGAGCUAUAGCGAGGCAAGCUGACAUCAUUGCUGCCCUUACACUGGAAGUCCUGAAGGGUACAACGAGGGCCUUUGACACUGAUAUACAUGCAGUGCGCCCGCAUCGAGGGCAGGCUGAAGUGGCCUUUCGAUUCAGGUCCCUUCUAGAUUCUGACCAUCAUCCAUCAGAAAUAGCAGAGAGCCAUAGAUUCUGUGACCGAGUUCAGGACGCGUACACAAUGCGCUGCUGCCCUCAGGUCCAUGGAAUUGUAAAUGAUACAAUUGCUUUUGUGAAGGACAUAAUGACGACGGAAAUCAACAGCGCCACAGACAACCCUAUGGUGUUUGCUGAAAGAGAAGAGACCAUUUCUGGAGGAAAUUUUCAUGGUGAAUAUCCUGCAAAGGCUCUGGACUAUUUAGCAAUUGGUGUGCAUGAACUCGCUGCAAUUAGUGAAAGAAGAAUUGAGAGACUCUGCAACCCCUCUCUCAGUGAACUGCCUGCAUUUUUAGUCACCGAAGGAGGUCUGAACUCAGGCUUCAUGAUUGCUCACUGCACAGCAGCUGCCCUGGUGUCUGAGAACAAAGCCUUGUGCCACCCCUCUUCUGUGGAUUCUCUCUCAACCAGUGCUGCUACAGAGGAUCACGUGUCCAUGGGAGGAUGGGCUGCAAGAAAAGCUUUGAGAGUUAUUGAACAUGUGGAACAAGUUCUGGCUAUUGAGCUGCUCGCCGCCUGCCAGGGCAUUGAAUUCCUCCGCCCUCUGAGAACGACAACCCCAUUGGAGAAGGUCUACGACCUUGUGCGCUCCGUGGUGAGGCCCUGGAUAAAGGAUCGCUUCAUGGCCCCAGACAUUGAAGCAGCUCACAGGCUGCUCGUGGAGCAGAAGGUGUGGGAAGUGGCUAAACCUUACAUUGAAAAGUACAGGAGGGAACACAUCCCUGAAUCAAGACCCAUUUCACCUACAGCUUUCUCCCUGGGAUCGCUGAGAAUGGGUGCAGAUGAUAGUCAUGACCACAGGCAUCAGAAUGAACUUUGAGUUGUGAUCCUCUGGAAGAGAGCAGGUCCUUUCCAGAACCUUACCUGAGCACGGCUGUUCUACUCAAACUCAAUGUGGUUUCUCCAGGCAACCUAGAGGACCUGUCUAGCUCAGAAGCACAAAUAGAUAGUAAAGAAAAGUCUCACUGCUUUCCUCAUGUGUAAAAGACAACUUUGUCAUGAUAGUCUGGUUUUGACUGAAUUUCAUGAACUUCUGAAUACAAAUCAUUCAGACUCCUGAUGGAACCAGUAUUUGUUUUGUCAACUUUUUGUUUGUUUUAUCUCCAUCAGUGCCAAUGAUACCAAACAACCUAAGUUUGAUAUUCUUACCUUUUUUCUCCCCUUUUGGGUAACUGCUGUGAUCCCCUUCAUUUUACCACAAGCAAGAUUAUCUUUACACUUAGUUCUUUUCUCUUUUGCAGAUCAUAUGUGAGGUAUAGGCUCUUGUAUAAGAGGAGCAUUUUUAGAGCAGGUGCUUCACAAAUCAGGAAAGCUGUGUGCACAGGAAUGUGCUAUGGAGAUCAUUGCUCCAGAACAAAUAUAUUCUGGUGAUAGACUACGUUUAAUGCAGCUUUCCAAGAGCUAUGGACUCACACCUGCAAUCAAUAAACUGAGGCUUAACAUACAGUUGUAGCAAUCUAUUUUCCUGUCAUGUGUGUGAUGAUGAAAAUGUAAAGCAAAAGCUUAAUUUUGAAGUAAGUAGAACAGGUGACACAGGGGCUAGAAAAGGGGGAAAAUGAGGCGUAGGACUAGUGAAUGUGAACCAGUGCUGAGGCGAUAGCACCAAGACCCACGCUCCCAUGGCUCUCCAGGUCUCUGCCUGUCUGCCAGGGGCCCUGUGCCCAUAGAUGGGAUCAUGACUGAGUGUGCUCUGUGUCUGACAACACUGACCUCCAGCACAGGCUUUAUUUUGCAAGGGAAGAGUCAGGGCAUGGAUUUCACCUCAUGCUGCAGUGAUGACAGGGCAGUACUGAUCUGGCUGAAGGGCAUUCAGCACAAGCUGAAAGCAUCCCCAGGCUAUUGGCUAUGCUGCAAGGGACAGCCAAAGCAUCAGUGUGGAGCUGCCUUUGAGUGUCUGACACCUGCCAUGGUAAACUGUGCCCUGAGGAGAGUGCUCACGCCUGCUGGCAACCUAGCAGGUUGCCAAAUGCCUUGAACAUUCAGAGAAUUCUGAAUUCAGAGAGUUCAGAGAUUCUGGGCCUUGCUUCCCACUCACCUCUGCUUUUGGCUGCCUGGGACCAAGGGAUCCCCAGCACACACUGCAGCAUGGACUCAGGUUUUGCACCGUGCCUGUGCAGAGCUGAGAGGCACCACUCUGCCUUCACCCUGCAUUUAAGAAAUGCCUGUGCUCCUUCCCUGACAGCCUUCCCAAAUCCUUGUAUAAACAUUAUUUAUGAAGGCUGUCUUGGGCAGAAUGGACUGUGCAAUCACAUACUUGGGAUGUUCUUUCAAGCUUUAUAAAAACAAAGUUCACACCCACAUCUGGUACAACAUCUGCUUGCAGGAAAACACGUCAGGUGGCAGGAAUGCUAUUACAUUGUUUUAAAAACCGAUUUGGUUGGCUAGCCUGGAUCAAAUAAAGCAUGAAGAAAGAUACUACAGAGGAUGGCUUGCAGAUUUUGGGUGCUAACAGAUGUGCCCAAGGCUCAGGGAGAUCAGAAGGUCAUAAUAAUGCUUACACGUUCGUGAUGGCUUUCAAAUACCUGUUAAUCAGAAUGAGACCAUUGUCCUUCCUCAAGGGUCUGGUUCACUAAAACACUCUGCUCUGACAUAACCUGUAUCACAGGUUAUGUCACUUGCUUAUAUCAAUAAUUACUUUUGAUGUGAAGUUCUUCAUGCUUGUCAGGUGCAAUUUUAUGACUUCACCUUCAGAAAGUAAAUCCCUUUUGCUUCUGGAGACAUAAUCCAUUUGAAAAUUUGAAGAAAAUACUUAGACCAUGGGUAUUCAGAGACCCUCCUACUCCAGACCCUCUGCUUAGAUACUGCAACAGUUUAAACUCUCCAGAGCUGUAUCAUCCUUUUUUCUUGUCCCAGAUUGAGAAGGUGUAUUCCAUUACCAUCUGUGUAGCAGUUGUCUUUUGUUAAGUGAGCAGUUUUCCUUAUCUCUUUCACCAAUCCUCUCUCAGGGGAGACAUCUGCUGAUAGCAGGCUAUUGAAUGUCACUGUGUGACUGAUAGGAAUUAUAACAUCCCAUUGUGAGAUGCUCCGCCCAUAGGGAGGAGCCAAGCAUUCCUAACUGGAUAUAAUCUGGGUUUUGGGGACAUCAGAGGCAGCCUUUCCACUGGUUCCCAAGAGGAACAUCUGGGGUUUUCCACUGGACCCUCAGAGGAAGACUGUGCCCUUCUACAGGAUCACUGCUCCAACAGAGCCACAUCUGCCACUCCAGGAGGACUGCAGCCAUUCCAAUUUGGACUGCUACCAACACGCUGGCCAAAAGGGUGUCAGGUUGUCUUCUGACUCUGUCAGUGAUUUUUCUUUUGUAUUAUUGCAUGUAUUUUGUUUCUCUUUCCUUUUCCUAAUAAAUUGUAUUUCUGAUUUGGA